UCUGGCUGUCCUCUCUGUGGCCAUAAUGGAGUAGAUUGGAUUGUUGGCGGAUGAGGGCGCUUCACCGCCAUUUAAAGCACACACAUAUUGGCUCUGUCUCAGCUACGUAGUGUGUGUAGCUUUGAAAGCGAGCUGGAUGAUGAACUGAGUAGCAGUUAAGACAUAAAUCUUCAACGGGAAAGCGGCUCGGACCCGAUUUCAGUGAUUGGGUAAUGUGAAAACUCCCGAUCGGAGAGAUCUUACUGGGCCGGGCAGGCUGAAGUGUAGAAGCAGGACUUUUUCGUGCCUGUUGGUGUUCACGCUGGCCAUCAGAUGAACAAGUUGUGAAAAGUGAAUCUGCGCUGUCCUUGCAGUUUUUCCACCUCGAGACUUCGUAUUAACAUCAUGGCUGUCUCAUCCUCCUCAUCUAGUCUCCUGCUCCUUCUACUAAUUUCCUCCUUGGAUUGGCUGUCCACUCCAGGAUCUGCAUCUCUGAUUGACAGGGACCAAAUGACAUCACCAGCUCCCCUUGGACCUCAUUUCACAGAUUGCAUAUCAAGGGACCAGGUGACAUUUCAAUGUUGGUGGAAUCCAGGCGAUUUCCACAACCUGUCCGCCCCUGGAGCAGUCAGAGUCUUCUACCUAAAGAAGGACUCGCCCACCAGCGACUGGAAAGAGUGUCCAGAGUAUAUCCAUUCAAAUAGGGAGUGCUAUUUCGACGCCAACCACACAUCCAUCUGGAUCACCUACUGCAUGCAGCUCCGCAGCCAAAACAACGUCACCUAUCCCAAUGACAAAUGUUUCACUGUGGAGAAUAUCGUGCGUCCUGACCCACCAGUGUCUCUAAACUGGACCUUACUGAAUAUAAGUCCCUCUGGGCUAAGUUAUGAUGUCAUGGUCAAUUGGGAGUCACCGCCCUCUGCAGAUGUCAGGGGAGGCUGGAUGCGCCUCGAGUACCAGAUCCAGUACAGAGAGAGAAAUGCCACAAACUGGGAAGCAUUGGAGAUGCAGCAACAAACCCAGCAAACAAUCUAUGGUCUACACACAGGAAAAGAAUAUGAAGUGCACAUCCACUGCAGGAUGCCGGCCUUUAAAGAUUUUGGAGAUUUCAGCGAGUCCAUCUUCAUUCAAGUGACUAAGGUUCCCAACAAAGAGUCCGCCUUAACGCUCAUGCUGGUUCUUGUUUUCGGGGUUGUGGGCUUCCUCAUAGUCAUCAUGCUUGUUGUCAUCUCUCAGCAGCACAGAUUAAUGAUGAUUCUGUUUCCACCGGUUCCUGCGCCAAAAAUUAAAGGCAUCGAUCCAGAACUGUUAAAGAAAGGGAAGCUGGACGAGCUGAAUUUUAUCCUGAGCGGUGGCGGUAUGGGUGGCCUACCAACGUAUGCACCAGAUUUCUACCAAGAUGAGCCAUGGGUGGAAUUCAUCGAGGUGGAUGCUGAUGCAGAUGCUGGCGAGAAGGAGGAUAACCAGAGUUCAGAUACUCAAAGGCUCCUGGCUCUGCCCCAACCUGUGAGCCACCACAUGAACAAAGGGUGCUCCAAUGCCAUCAGCUUCCCUGAUGAUGACUCAGGUCGGGCAAGCUGUUAUGACCCAGAUCUGCCUGAUCAAGACACGCUAAUGCUGAUGGGCACCCUGCUGCCAGGCCAACCUGAGGAUGAAGAAGCCUCCUUUGAUGUUGCAGAAAGAGCCCCAGCCCUGGAGAGAAGCGAGAGGCUCCUCAUCCAAACCCAAACUGGAGGCCCUCAGACUUGGGUCAACACAGACUUCUAUGCCCAGGUCAGCAAUGUAAUGCCCUCUGGAGGCGUGGUGCUGUCUCCUGGCCAGCAACUCCGAAUCCAGGAGAACACCUCAGCCACAGAGGUGGAAACACAAAAGAAGGGAAAAGAGCCUGAAGGCAGCAAGGACACUGAGGAAAAGAAGCAGAAGGAGCUGCAGUUUCAGCUGCUGGUGGUGGAUCCUGAACGAAGCGGCUAUACCACGGAGAGCAACGCCCAGCAAAUCAGCACUCCCCCUAGCUCCCCCAUACCUGGCGAGGGGUAUCAAAGCAUACUUCCUCAGCCAGUGGAGGCCAAACCUGCAGCCACAGCAGAGGAAAAUCAGUCACCUUACAUUCUUCCUGACUCUCCCCAGUCCCAGUUCUUUGCCCCCGUUGCAGACUACACAGUGGUGCAGGAGGUGGACAGUCAACACAGUCUGCUCCUCAACCCACCUCCCCGCCAGUCCCCCCCACCCUGCCUGCCACAGCACCCCCUGAAGGCCCUACCUGCAAUGCCCAUAGGGUACAUCACCCCAGACAUGCUGGGGAACCUCUCACCAUGAAAUGAAAAUGCCAUUGGGCCUUUAGGUGUAAGGUUGAUUGACCAGGAAAUUCCCUUGCUAUCACAAAAGCCUGUUUCUACCUGAUUCCUGCUGGAAACCAAAUAGCACACAGUACGGAUGAGCGUGUACAGGUGUUUGUUUUCAGAGGGUGCUGAAAGGGAGAUGUGAAAAGCUACAGUACUCUUUUUUUUUUUUGCCCCAUCAAUUAGUUUGAUGCAAAGGCAGCCAAAUGUAAACGUCACAAAGCAAAUGCACAGUUUUGCUCCAUUUGUUGACAUCCAUGCGUAAGACACACACAGAUGACAGGCUGAGACUGUGAUUGUCAAAAGGCUUUAGCUCACUGCUAAACUGCCUUGGAUCACAUUACAUGUCUGGCUAAUUGUGUUUAGAGCAAUGACAUUAAUGACGAGUCUUAAUCUUACAGAGAGAUGUCAGUGUAUGAUUGAAUGGGAAAAGACAAGCACAUUCUAGUCAUGUACUUCACACCGCACCGAGCAGACGUCAUUGCUGUCGUUGAUGCCUCUUGCUGGCAGAGGUGUUUCGCCGCACAAUUGUGGCUUGUUUUAUAUUCUUAGAUUUCUAAUCUCAUCAUAGCAUCUUGGUAGCACGUCACUAAAGAUAUAUUUUUAUACAAAAAGGCAUUAGCUAAAGGAAAAACCCCCACCCUAAGGUACAAUUGAAAACACAACUAUGCAGUUUUACCUUACAUUCCUGGCUUUGUUUUGUUUAAUGGCAUGCUGUUCAUAUUUUCAUGAACAAGUGGCCAAACGUAGAUUAUAUGAUGUCUCUGCAGCCACAGCAGAAUGUAAUAAAAUAAAUAUUUUCAACAGUGGAAAAAAAACAACAUAAUAUAUAUGUAUACCCAGAGACAUUAAAAAAAUACCAUCAACCCAAUAUCUCCUCACUUUCUGGGGGGGAUAUUGAAAGGCAUUCUGGGAAAUGAAGGAAAUCACUACCUGAAGUGGAACUAGAGGUGACACACGUAAAAGGGAAAUUACAACAUUUCAUCAUUAACUAAUUCCUGGAAUGCUUUGAAUAUUCCUUUAACAUGAGUUGUGUAUUAUAUGUUUACUGACAUGUCACUUACAGCUUAAUAGCUGUUCUUGUAGUAAGAGGAAGGAUUUAUUCAGAUUCACUGGGAGCCACUCAGUACAAAGUGUAAUGUAGUACAUUGAGCACCACCAAGUGCCUUGCUAAAGACCAUAUUGAUAUAGUUAUUUUGCAUAAAGGAAGAGACACAGACACGUGUAGCAGUUCAGAGAAACCAGAUAACUAAUUUUAUUUUGUAAUCACAGCCAGGUCUCACCUUUACAAACCAGCACUCAUUCAUGUCUCACUUAAACUCAAACCAUAAUGGGUAAGCUUUUUCUCUCGGGAGUUGUAUUCUUCUCAUGUUGCAUUGUUAUUGCAGGGACAGCAACUGGAACAAGUUGAAAGACUGUGAAAGUAUGUAAGAGCUGUAAUUAGCUAACACGUUAUAUACUAUAUCUGCCAAGUCCACUGUAUUAACAAUCUGUGCCUAUGAUAGUGUUAUUGGCUUGGCAUUUCUCUGCUUAAGUAUGCUUAGGAUUUGUGCAUUUUUGCAUUGCAAUGUACAGGCAAGUACGGCUAUGUAUCAGUGAAUUGGUGUAAAGCCUCUCUGUGCAUAGAUUUACGACUAAAAACUUGCAUGUGCACAAGCACAGUAACGCGCAUGCAUGCAUACACACACACUAUAUCAAAAACGUUUGCCUUAAUUGAUGUUUAAUUUGACCUUUCUGACAUAGCCAUAAAAGUUAUGAGCUGAAGACUAGUUGCAAGAGUGAACAUUUUGUGAGACCACCAGACCAUAAUUUUCACAUUUUCGAUCAUGCUCGUAAAACUGACUGCAAUUUCCAAGCCAAAAAUGUUUAUCAAAGCAAGUGCUGAAAGGCAGAAUCAGACACUGAGUGUAAUAUACAGUAAUUGUGUGUAAUUAGGCAUGGAUUCCUUGUUACUUUGGCCCCAUACUUCUUAUUAGAUUAACCAAAUUUAGAACAUUAUUUAGCCAGACUUUUCAAUUAUUUUGUCACAUUAUUUUGUAGUGUAAGCUUGCUCUGGGUUCAUUGACAGUGUAAUAGUUUCAUAUUCAAUAAUCAGUCUAAUAAUGUGUGUAAGAUGAUAGCAGACACCUUUUGUAAAGGUCUGAUACUCCUCUAGUGUUUUCGUCCUAUGAAUUCUAUCAUAAAGGCUUUGACAAUAUGCCUGUGACACACACAAAAGCAUAGCAUACCGCACACAAUAAGCUACCUAAGCUUAGGUCAACAUAUGCAUGGUUUUGUAAUAUGACACAAUGAAUUGGAGUGUUGUCAUUGUAUAACAGAAAGGCAGCCUCCAAAACAUCACAUCGCACCAUAAACAAAAACAUACUUCACAAUGCAAAGGAAACACAUCCUGUCUUUGAAGCAUGUUGUUUGGGAAUCAUCCUUGAGAUAAGCAGUGAAUUACUCAGAUAAAAUAAGUAUUUUCUGUCAGACAAUCCCAUAUUGAAGAGAGGUGAAGGAAGAGCCAUAAAAUGACAAUUUCUAAAAAUGUGAAUAUGAUAGAUACGUGCCAUUUCUCUUUUUGUCUCUUUUUUAAUGCUCAGUGUUCUGUCAUUGUUGCUGAUACCAGCAAGUCAAUGCUGUUGUAGAAAUGUCUUAAUAUAUUUAGUGCUGUAAGAUUACAAGUAUAUAUUUUUAAUGUUACUAAUCACAAUGUAUUGCUGCUCGGUACAUGUGUUUCUCCUGCAUUCAGCCUUACUGUGGUAGGAAGGAGGUCAUUCAAGAGAGUGCAGCAAUCCCUCUUGUGUAAAUGUUGGUGAUAUAUGUUGGUGAUAUAAUCUAUAAUAUGUUGUUGCCUGGGAUAAAUGGGAAGGUAUGCGUUGGUUCAGUUUUCUGUUCAGUGAUUAGUAGCAACAAUAGGACAGUUUUGCCCCAAAGUCAAGUUGCAAUACAGUAACCUCGCCUUUACAUUCACAGUGUUUACACCCAUCCAAAGAUCACCAGAAGGCUCUCUGUGUAUAUGAAGGAAGAUCAGAUGAUGGGAAAAGCACUGUUAAGGUUCUGUUUCAGUUGUGAUUGUGAAUAUGUGCUAACUGGAAUAUGCGAUUUAUGAUAAUGAGGAAAAGUUGUGAAAAAGGAAAAAAAAGUGAAAUCACUGAAAGUGUUUUGUAAAGGUUGCAGUGAGGAAGAUAAAUUGGGAGGUGCUUUUUUUUGUUGUUGUUCAAGCUUACUGUACAGGUGUUUACCACAUUGUGUCUGCAAAUUUGCCAGUUCACAGUGAGCUCAUCCUUAAUGUAGUGUAAAAGUUUGCAUCUGUUAUUUCAAGCUUAUAAAUGUCACAGACACUUUAGAGCAAGCACUUUGUAUAUGUAUAUAUAUAUAUAUAUAUAUAUAUGUAUAUAUAUUAGAACAUGUCGGAUGUUUCAAAUAGUAUUCAGCACAAUAAUCAGACAAUGAGGAUCCUUCAGUUUCAAUAAGCUUUGGUUUUGUUCUACAGAAUAUAUGUUUAUAGGACAUAUUUUACACUACCAGAUUGAUAGAAUGAUGUACUGUAAUGGAGUAUUUAAUGUUUGCUAUAAGAUUUAUGGAUAUAUAGAGCAGAUAGAGCAUAUAGAGAUACAUAUAGUCUUUUAUGAAGUCAUAUCAAAAUAUAGGCAGAGUGAGAUACUGUAACUCUACACUCUUACAUUUCUCCCACUAUGUGAUUUCAGCAUUUCAUUAUUGAGAAUUGCAUCUGAAGGGGCUACAUUGUUUUGUAGUAAUGUAUUUUGGCCUUCAGUUUCUUGGUUUUGCGUUGGUUCAAGGGUGGCUUUUGUCACUAAGCCUGGAAGUAAUUUUGAGUGCUGGAAUUUGUUCUGGUUGUAACUCCCUAUCAAAGAGCGUUCAGCCAAACAUUUUUCAGCUUGUUGCGGAAAUAGUUUAAUUCUUGACUUGAGUACAGCGUAUACACCCUGGUUUUUAUGACUAAGUUCAAUGGCUCCACUCUAUAUUUCUAUUCACCUCUUAUUUAUUUUGAGCCCUCAGAUCACCCUACUGUACCACCAUAUCUGACAAUAGUGGACUAAUGUGUCAUCCAGGAUUAUAAAACAAAU